UCCAACCAUACGUCCGGAUCGACCAUCAGAUUCACGUGGGGGGCGGACACACGAUAUAAUUCUACUGGCGUGGCUAACAUGGCUCUGGGUACCCAUUAUGGAGAUGAAGUUAAGGAAUAAACGUUUAGGGCCGCUUCCCGGGGGUGACCGCCGGGGCACACCUGGAGCUGACGCUGGGUGUCUCAGCAUGCGAACCGUCAGCGGAGAGGAGUUGAAUAGGCGGGCUCCCUCCGGAUCUUCCGAAAAUGCUACAGCCAACCAGACAGACGACAGACUGACCGAUUAUGACGACAUUAGUUUAAAUUCAGUAGUAGAACCAUACAGUCCAUCAACAGCAUCAUAUAUCCCAUCACCAGUAUCAUCCGUGGGUGCAAGCUCUUCCAGAGUACCCACGCCCGACUUAGAUGUUGCGCAGGAGGCGAAUGCCUUUAUGCCUGCGUCCACUAAGGCUGGGAAAACGAGGGUGCGCAUGAGUUGGAGCAAAGACGUUAACCUAUUCAUCAUGCGCACCUAUUAUUAUAUCACCAAACUAGAAACAGACAUGACCACUUAUCGCAAACAGUUGCAUGAACUUUUCUCUCGACAAUACCCCACCGUUAAAGUUUCCGAACAACGCGUAUCCGAUCAAAAACGAGCCAUUAUUAGGAAUAAACUACUAAGUGACCAUGAACUAGCAAGAUUGAAAGACGAAGUACAAAUACAGUUAAAUGAUUUAGAUCUUUUACAUGAUUCAAGUAGUACCACUAUCAUACCAUCGUACAAUCAAACUCAAGAUACAGAACAUCACUCACAAAACACAGAUAGUUUAUAUACACAAUCACACAUGACCCAUGCGUCAACUCAGACAGAAAUUAUGACAUUAACUCUGGAAACUGACAUAGAAGUCUUAGUAGAUCCCGACACAAUAACUGAGCCAAACACCCAAGCAAUCUUUGAUAAAUUUCAGGCUGCAGUUACCAAAUACUCUGGAAUGGACCCCGCUAGUAGACCAAAAUUACCAAAACUGAAAUAUAGUAACAAACUCACUCAAUUCAUUUAUUGA